AUGAGACAGAAGUACAAUGUUCGGUCCAUGCCCACCCGAAAGGAUGACGAGGUUCAGGUUGUUCGAGGACAUUACGGAGGGCAGCAAACUGGCAAAGUAGUCCAGGUUUACGGGAAGAAACACGUCAUCUACACUGAACGAGCGCAACGGGAGAAAGCUAACGGGACAACGGUUCACGUGGGCAUUCGCCCCAGCAAGGUGGUUAUCACUACACUAAAGCUGGACAAAGACCACAAAAAGGUCCUCGAACGUAAAGCCAAAUCUCGCCAAGUAGGAAAGGAAAAGGGAAAAUACAAGGAAGAAACAAUUGAGAAGAUGCAGGAAUAAAGUAAUAUUAUAUACAACUUUCAUUAAAAACUUAAACUGAAAAAAAA